AUGAAAAUUCCUUCGAAAAUUCAGAACCUGGUUUGGCGAGCUUGCACGAGCUGUCUCCCUACUUUGGUUCAAUUAAGAACUAAACAUGUGGCUGUCAGUACUCUUUGUCCGUUGUGCCAAGAACAAGAUGAGUCUAUCUUGCACAUUUUGGUCACAUGUCGGGUCACAAGGAAAUGCUGGGACAGAGUGGGGAUAGGCACGGUCACACCAGCAGGGACCAACUUUUUCGACUGGUGCACGACUGUCUUCAGUGUAGCAGCAGCGGACCUGUGCUGCAAAGUUGCUACGGUUUGUUGGGCUAUUUGGGGUGCUAGAAAUGAAUUAGUUUGGAAAAGGAAAAGUUUCAACCCGAUUGAUAUUGUUGCAUUUGCAAAUCGUUAUCUUGACCAAUGGAGAUGCGCUCAAAGUUCCGAUAUGGAAUCGUCAUGGCCUUUACUUCGGGCUAGAGACGUUGUUGAGCGAUGGACCGCUUCUCAUGGUAAUAGCGUCAAGCUGAAUGUAGAUGCAGCGAUGUUCAACAGUGGAGAGCAAUAUGGUAUCGGGUUGGUUGUUCGGAAUGGCUCAGGACUUCUCAUUGAAGGUCGCACCAAAUUGUUCAAUGGCCAAGUUGAACCGGUGCUUGCUGAAGCAAUUGGCAUCCGUGAGGCCUUAAGCUGGAUCAAUGAUAGUCGGUGGCAAGAUGUGUAUGUCGAAACGGACUGCCUCAAUGUAGUGCAAGCAAUUCAUUGUUCGACAGAGAUGAUCUCUUUGUUUGGGUUGGUUAUUAAAGAUUGUAAGAAUAUGCUUGCUAAUUUAAACAAUGUAUCUGUUUCCUUUAUUAAGCGAUCAGCUAAUGUAGUGGCCCAUUCCUUUGCAAGGGCGGCUAUAUUGUACCCUGAUUGUUCUUUCAGUUUGGAGUCUAUUCCAACUGAGUUGCUACCAAGUUUGGUAGCGGAAGUCGUUAUUUAA